AUGCGAACCAGCGUUUCCUGCGAAGCUUGCCGUAAAUCGAAACUGAGGUGCAUCCACAGCGGCAGUCCACCAUGCGAGCGGUGCGACAAGUUUGGAUACCCAGAUUGCCAGCUUUCGCGGCCUCGCGUUAAGCCGAUCAGGCGCGCUGCUGCCCGUGUUCGCGUUGUAGAAGCUGCUUCUUCUCCAACACCAGGAGCCCCGGGCGCCCCUAAUGCCCCAACGCUUGGAAUAUUGCCUAGCAAUAAUGUAGACGGCCAAUUGGGGAUGCUUCCUAUGAGCAUCAUCAUAAAAGCCUUGCACAUCUUUAGAACAAACUUUCCUGAGAUGAACAUGCUACAUCCCGAUCUGUUUUCCCGCUUAUUCCUAUUGGAGCGCAAGGCUAAUAGCAAAGCCCUGCUGGCAGCUUUGCUUGCAGCAAUAAAGAAGGAAGAAUGCUACAUCGAUGGGACUUGGAUGAACCAGCUACUUCCAAGCGAGGAGUAUGCUUCCUUCUCUCGCAGCGUCCUUUCAAACGCCAUGCUUGGGCCCCCGGAAGUUGUUGUUGUUCAAGCCCACCUUAUUCUGACGCUAUAUGAAUGGGACAUGAGAGAUUUCCAAAAGGCAUGGGUGCACUGCGGUAUCGGCAUUAGAAUCAUCCAAUCUCUGCAUAGCACUCGGACAGCCCCGUUUUCUCUCGAUGAGACCAUCAACGUUGAGGAGCCCGACGAGCUGUCCCAAAUCGUUGAAACUGCGACCUACUGGGCUUGCUUCAUAUUAGACUGCACAAUCAACUCAGGAACGUACAAUCCUAGUAUGCUUUCUAUGGCCGAGAUGUUGAAGCUUCAAGUCCCUCGGGUCCCGCCCGCCAGCGGGUUUCUAUUCGGAUGCAAGCAGGAGCCUAUGACCGACCGAAGCUUACCCCUGGGUAUAGAAGAGUGUUACGAAGUCCUGGUUGACGGUGUCGCAUCGCAUGCGAAUACCGGCUGCCGGGUAUUUGUCUAUAUCAACCUGCUAUAUUAUCACUGGUGA